AUGGAGAACGGUGAUACUGUGGAUAUGUCGGCUGGCGAGGCUCCUCGGCUUAGGCCCAUCAUUCCAUUUGUCUACACUAAAAAGCGAGCAGCACUCACAAUGAGCGUCGCGAUAACCCUGGAGCUCCUCGGAAUACCAUACGGGAUAGCCUUUGAUAAGCAUGGCACCACUAUGCUUAGUGAACCCAUUAGGGAAGGUGACGGCAAAUGGGGCGAGGAGACGGUUUUUGGAGCACAGAUCGUCGAGUAUCUUUUUCAAACGUACGACACCGAGAAGGAGUUCUCUUACGAAAAGGGAAGCUCCAAAGCCGCCAUGGUCGCCGAUCGGGCAAAGUUUGUGUUUGAGAGUGUUGGCGAGAACGACAUGACUAUAACCAUGCUAUGCAAGCUCGAGUACUACUUGCAUAACUCUGUCGGUUUCCAUGUCGUCGGAAACAAAGUCACACUCGCCGACAUUGGUUGGUUUCCGUACAUCUACUUGAACUGCAUUCCCGCCAUAGAUUCUGGCAUGUUCCCCAAUGUCCGCCAAUGGUAUUUCCAGAUGGCCGCAAUUAGCGAUCUUCGGAAGGGGGUCCUCGGGGCAGGCUGGGACUUUGAGAGUAAGAAAUUUAGAGAUCUGCUUGCAAGGGGCUUGCUUUAUCAAGGGCGACUCUGA